CCGUUACACCUCAUAUGAAAAGUAUGUAAUUACCCUUUCGGUUUUAGUCAGAUUGUUUCGAUGUUUUCGCGUCUCGCAAAGAAAAAGAAACCUAUUAAGGUCUAACGAUGGAAACCAACAACAACUUGAACCUAGACAUGGAGAAAGAUCAAGAAACGCCUUUCGACUACUCCAAACGAGCUCAAUGGCUACGAGCCGCCGUGCUCGGUGCCAACGACGGUCUUGUCUCAACGGCUUCACUUAUGAUGGGUAUUGGUGCGGUGAAGCAAGACGUCAAAACCAUGCUUUUAACCGGUUUUGCCGGUUUAGUGGCUGGAGCUUGUAGCAUGGCGAUCGGAGAGUUUAUCUCCGUUUACUCUCAGUACGACAUAGAGGUGGCUCAGAUGAAGAGAGAGAGCGGAGGGGAGACAAAGAAAGAUAAUCUUCCAAGCCCGACGCUAGCGGCUAUCGCGUCUGCGUUAGCAUUUUCUUUAGGAGCGAUUGUGCCGUUAUUGGCGGCUGCGUUUGUGAAAGAGUAUAAAGUGAGGAUUGGAGUGAUUGUGGCGGCGGUUACAUUGGCGUUAGUGAUGUUUGGAUGGUUAGGGGCGGUUUUGGGGAAAGCACCGGUGGUUAAGUCGUCGCUAAGGGUUUUGAUCGGAGGAUGGUUAGCUAUGGCCAUUACUUCCAAGACCCGAUUCAAGUAUUCGUUAGAGAAGCCUCACCACCCGCUUGACCCACUAACGACACCUGAAAUAAAGAGAGUCCAAACCAUUCUCUCGGGUCAUGAUCCGGGUUUCGGGUCCGGGUCAGCCAUCAUUCACGCCAUGGCUCUCGACGAGCCGGAGAAGCAACGUGUCGUCCGGUGGAAGAAAGGUGAUCGUCUCCCGCCGCGAAGAGCGGAGGUUCUUGCGAUGUCUAACGGCGAGAGUCACGUGCUCACUGUGGAUCUUAAUUCGGGUCGGGUUGUUUCUGAUUUAGUCAACCCCACUUUUGGGUAUCCGAUUCUUACCAUGAAAGAUAUCAUCGCAGUCUCACAGGUUCCUUACAAGAGCGUGGAGUUCAAUCGCUCAAUCGAGGCGCGUGGAAUUCCGUUCUCCGGUUUGAUUUGUAUUACACCGUUCGCGGGAUGGUAUGGACCGGACGAAGAAGGACGACGAGUCAUUAAAAUCCAAUGUUUCUCAAAGCAAGACACUGUCAAUUUCUACAUGAGACCUAUUGAAGGACUUUAUUUAACUGUCGAUAUGGAUAAACUAGAGAUCAUCAAGAUUGUAGACAAUGGACCGGUUCCGGUUCCCAAAUCUACCGGUACGGAAUAUAGAUAUGAAUUUCUGAAUGAAACGGUACAUAUUGACCAUGUCAACCCAAUGUCAAUGGAGCAACCAGACGGUCCAAGUUUUCAGGUUGAGGAUGGAUACAUGGUUAAGUGGGCGAAUUGGAAAUUUCAUAUUAAACCGGACCAACGUGCCGGUAUGAUCAUCUCACAGGCUACAGUUCGUGAUUCCAAGACAGGUGAAGUAAGAAGUGUGAUGUACAAAGGUUUUGCGUCGGAGUUGUUCGUACCGUAUAUGGAUCCAGGGGAAGGUUGGUACUCCAAAGCUUACAUGGAUGCUGGAGAGUUUGGUUUAGGACCUUCUUCAAUGCCGCUUGUGCCGCUUAACGACUGUCCUCGAAACGCUUACUACAUUGACGGUUUCUUCGCUUCUCCUGAAGGCAUUCCAAUCCUUCAAACUAACAUGAUCUGCUUGUUCGAACGCUACGCGGGUGACAUUAGCUGGCGCCACUCUGAGAUUCUUCUCCCUGGUACAGAUAUAAGGGAAUCAAGGGCUAAGGUGACACUGGUGGCUAGAAUGGCGUGUUCGGUUGGAAACUAUGAUUAUAUCUUUGAUUGGGAGUUUCAAAUGGAUGGUGUGAUUCGUGUUACGGUCGCAGCCUCGGGGAUGUUGAUGGUGAAAGGAACGGCUUACCAAAACAUCGAAGACUUGGGUGAGAAAGAGGCGGAUUCUGGACCGUUGAUCUCAGAAAACGUUGUAGGAGUCGUCCACGAUCAUUUCAUAUCGUUUCAUCUAGACAUGGACAUUGACGGGUCAGCCAACAACUCCUUUGUUAAGGUUCAUCUAGAGAAGCAGAGACUUCCGCCUGGUAAAUCAAGAAGAAAGAGUUACUUGAAGGUCAAGAAAUAUGUAGCCAAGACUGAGAAAGAUGCUCAGAUCAAGUUGAGCCUGUACGACCCCUACGAGUUCCAUUUUGUGAACCCUAACAGGCGGUCUCGUUUAGGGAACCCGGCUGGUUACAAGCUUGUGCCUGGUGGUAAUGCUGCAAGUUUGCUCGAUCAUGAUGAUCCACCCCAAAUUAGAGGCGCUUUCACAAACAAUCAGAUAUGGGUGACUCGGUAUAACCGAUCAGAGCAAUGGGCCGGAGGGCUUUUGAUGUACCAGAGCCGUGGUGAAGACACACUACAAGUUUGGUCCGACAGAGAUCGGUCCAUUGAGAACAAGGACAUAGUGUUGUGGUAUACACUAGGGUUUCAUCACGUACCGUGCCAAGAAGAUUUUCCAGUUAUGCCAACGAUAGCAUCUAGCUUUGAACUUAAACCUGUCAAUUUCUUCGAAUCAAACCCGGUACUUGGGAUCUCACCUUUCUUCGAGAAAGACUUACCAGUCUGUUAACCAGAUCCAGAUCCGUCAUCUAAUUCGACACCGUGCAUUUCAAAUGUAAUGUUUAGACUUUUCCGGUUAUAAUGUUGUGUAUAUUCUUUAAGAACGGAUUAUUGACAUAUGUAUACGCAAUCAAAUAAUCUGUGUUCA